CUCCCUCGCUCUCAGGGCUCGGUGGUCGCCGAGGAGGGAGGGACAGUAUUUGGUUAGUCUGGACGGCGGGAACAUACCGAACAGAAAGAUGCCGGCUGCUGUCGAGGACCGGGAUAAAACCGAGGAAAAUGUCAGCGAAAAAAUUCACAGACUUCAGUCAAAUUCUAGCCAGCUGACGGUAGACGAUGAACAACUUCAACUGGCUGCAGCUUAUGUCUCGGAUGCUCAGUAUAACAGAAACAUUCAGUUUGAAACUUCACCACAGGCAAUCAGAUUCUAUAAAUUGUACAACCACUGGUCUACACAGGGAGUCACUUAUUUUUUUAUCCUCGUGGAUCUUUUCCUUGCCCUGUUUGAGGAUCCUGCGGUCUAUUUGCUGCCUGUCUGGGUAACUUCGGUGGUUGAGUUUAUUUGUCUGUUAAUGUUUACGCUGCGGCUUUUCCAUUUCUCGAAAAUUACUCCCACCAAGGUGUUUUGGAGAGAUGCAAAGAACAUUUGUGUCAUUGUCAGCAUAUUGCUCACGUUGAUGGAUAUGAUUGUAUACUUGACUCUGAGAGAAACUGGAUAUUUUGCAGUCAGAUGGUCGAGAGUUUUGAGGCCUCUGUUUUGUGUAAACUUUACUGAAAGUCGUCAGCUCCGAAGAGCCUUCAGGAAUAUCCGCAAUACCCUUCCAGAGAUCACCUAUGUGUUUGUGUUGUUUAUGUUCAGUGUUGCAGUGUUUUCUCUUAUGGCUUUGAAGCUGUUUGCAAAAAGGAAACUCUCAACAGUGGAAGGAGCCCUAUAUUUUAGUAACUACCUUGACAUUUUCUUCAAUCUCUACGUGCUGGUGACAACAGCAAAUAGCCCUGAUGUGAUGAUGCCUGCCUAUGAAGUCAGCUGGGCAUAUUCAAUUUUUUUUGUCAUUUUUAUAAUCGUGAACACUUAUGUCUUCAUGUCUCUUUUCCUGGCUGUUGUAUAUAAUGACUACAAGAAGCAUUUGAAGAAUGAAGUAAGGAAACUAGUUUACAUGAAGCAUCGAAAAAUGAUAGAAGCAUUUAACCUCUUGAAGAUAACAUAUGGAACAGAGUUUGUAGUUCCGGAUUCUCGCUGGAGGCAGCUGGUGAAACUUGUGGCACCAGAGAUUCCCAGUUCUCAGAGGGAGCUACUGUGGAGAGUUUCAGAUGAUGAACAGAAGGGCUUUGUGGGAAGAGAGUCCUUCAUCCGUUUGGCAGAUCUCCUGAAUAUCCAGGUUGUUCAGAUGAAGGAGAGAACUCAUCCAUUGGAGAAAUGCCUGCCGAACAUGUACAACUCUACAGUGAGCCAGUUCAUCCAGAGAAUAGUCAAACAUCCAGGUUUCCGUUACACAUACGAUGUUAUCAUUGUUAUAAAUGCUAUUUUCAUUGGUGGCGAUGAGACCAACCCUUUAAUAUCCAAGGCAGAAUGGGUGUUUUUGACUCUCUACAUAUCUGAAAUACUGCUGAAACUCUUCGUGUAUGAACCUCGGGCGUUUUUUGCCAAAUCUCAGUUUUGGAAUUGGUUUGAUUCUCUAAUAAUUGUUGCUGCUCUGAUGGGAACGAUAGUCAAUGCUGCUCUGAAGUCAUCUGGUGGAUACAGCAGCCAACAAGUUUUGGAUAUUGUGUUCAUCCUGAGAGUACUUCGAUUAAUCCGGAUCAUUGACAGCUUCCAGAGGUUCAGGGUUCUGCUGAAUACUCUGGUAAAUCUUAUUCCUACAAUGCUAACCUAUGCAGGACUUGUUGUGGUUGUAUACUACAUAUUUGCAAUAAUUGGAAUGGAAGCAUUCAAAGGCAGAAUUCAAUUUUAUGGUGCCAACUCCAGUGAUCCUGCAGCCAAAUAUUGUGGCAAUCCAGCACUGAAGGGUUCUCAGUUUGCUGCUCUUAGAUACUGCAGGAAUAACUUCAAUAAUAUUGUUUCGGCCUUCAUUUUGCUCAUUGAAUUAACAGUGGUUAAUCAAUGGCAUGUUCUUGCAGCUGGAUUUGUGAAAGUAACUCACUUAACGGCAAGGAUCUUCUUUGUCAUCUUUCACAUAAUGGUUGUUAUUAUACUAAUAAAUAUCUUUAUAGCAUUUGUUUUGGAAGCAUUUUUUGUGGAACACUCGUUGGCCAGGAGUGCAGUAGAAACUGCUGUUGAGAAGAAAAUUCAGGAGCUUGGAAUGGGAGAUUGUGUGGACUGCCCUGCUGGAAAUCUAGUUGAAGUCAUGGAGACAAAUGAAAAUGAUCUUGGAAAUACUGAUAAUACAGACUUGAAAUCCAAACUGAGAUUUAAAAUAGCUUCAAUUAGAUACAAGACCGUUGAUGCCUUGCUGCAACACAUGUUUGAGGAGGAGCUAAAUCCAGAAGAUGAAAUACCAACUUUUGAAGAGAUUGAUAAUCUUUCACCAGAUGAUUAUGUGCCUAAACAACCCACUUUUGAUAGUAUAGCGUAACUUGCAAAAGGCUCGUGUCUUUCAAGAUGAAAAAUGUACUUUACAUCUUUGUAUUCUCUACUGAAAUUUGUGGUAUGGGACAUGAGGGAUUAUUCUGCUAUUUUUGAGCAGCAUGUACUUUAACGUUGAAGAUAAUUGUGAUUCAAAUGAAUUCUUG